AUGGCCGGGAAGGUGGCGCUGCUCCCGUGGGCCCAGACCCUCGGCCUCGCUGGUGCCCAGACUACCCAGCUUCUCGUAGAGCCCCCCUGGAGGCCGGCGGUGCUGUGGGACCGGGUGACACUGACCUGCCAGGGCUCAGGGACCGCCAGUGCCACCACCUGGUACAAGGAUGGACGGCGCUGGGGGCAGCAGGGACCUGACCGCCUCACUGUCACCGAGAGUGGCACGUACAAGUGUGACAGACCCGGCACCGGGCGUAGCCCUGCUCUGAGAGUCUUAGAUGACAGGCUGGUGCUGCAGGUGCACGCACGGACACUGCUGGAGGGGGAAACGGUGACACUGCGCUGCCGGAGCUGCUGGAGCAACACGGUCACCUCGGUGUCAUUUUACCGUGAGGGGAAGAAACUGCGGGGGCUCCAUGAUGGCACCGAGCUGUCCCUGUCCCCUCUGCAGCAGCACCACAGAGGCAACUACCACUGUGAGGGCCGGGUGAACAAAGUGGUGUCAAAGCAGAGGGUGUCAAAGAGGGUUACAGUGACAGUACACAGGGUCCCAGUCUUGGGGGGUUCCCUGUCAGUGCAGCCCCCCGGGGGACAGGUGGCACUCGGGGACAGCCUGAUGCUGAGCUGUGAGGUGGCCACAGGGACAGGGCCCCUGUCCUCCUGGCACCGAGAGGGCUCAGGAGCACUGCAGGGCACCAGCCCCUGCCUGGAGCUGCGCCACGCUGGGGACAAUGACAGCGGCCAAUACUGUUGCCAGGUCAGCGACGGGGACAGUGUGGCCGAGAGUGACCCCCUGAAUGUCACCGUCCUGGUGCCCGUGUCCAAUGCCACCAUCACCCAUGGUCCCCUGUCACACCAGCUGCGUGCAGGUGACAACGUGACCCUGUGCUGCUCGGUGCAGGUGGGCUCAGCCCCUGUCACCUUCACCUGGCUGCACAACGGGCAGGAGAUGGCCUGGGGUCCCCUGCUGGAGCUUGGGUCUGUUGAUGCGGGACAUUCGGGCACCUACCAGUGCAUGGCCACAAACCAGCUGGGACAGGACGGGCACCGCGUGUUCCGGGCACUCAGCCCAGAGCUGACCCUGGAGGUGACACCUGGCUUACCCUGGGCCACAGGGCCCCCCGGAUCCCCGCCCCCCCCAGAGGCGGGGGAGGUGCUGUACACCCAUGUCAUGGUCACCAAGAGGGCAGGGGCGUCCCCCCGUGCCACCACCCUCCAGGAUUCCAGGGUGACCUACGCAGAGCUGUGGGGACCCCAGAAGCGACCACAGGAACCUGGUGACAUCUACGGGAAUGUGCUGUGA